UUGAGUUGAGUCUGGUUCAGAGAUGGGACGUCCCGACUACAGCUCAUUGUGGAGAGGGCUCCUCAUACUGGCCCUGAGCCUGAGGGCCUCUGCAGAACCACAGUUCAUGGUGGUGUUCCCCGCGGUGGUGGAGUCUGGUACCACAGUUCAGUACUGCCUGAGUGUCCUGCAGGUUUCUGAAGAUCUGAACCUCAAAGUGUCUCUGGAGUCUAAAGGAGAAGAGAGAGUUUUCUACAGAGACGUGUGCGACGACGGAGACAAGCACAUCUGCAAGACAUUUCAGGCUCCUGUUGUUGAAGAUUCAGAAAUCCAGAAUUUCAAGUUUGAAAUUCAAGGGAAAAAGUUCCAUAAAAUCGAAACACACAAAAUCCAAAUCAGGAACUACGGACUGAAGACCUUUGUCCAGACCGACAAACCCAUGUACCUGCCCGGACAGACAGUGCAUUUCCGUGUGGUGACGUUGGACUCUAAGCUGAAACUUGCUGAUACUUUGGUGAGUUUUGAAAUGAAGUGA